AAUAAAACAAAGAACAAGAAACGGAUACGGCAAGUUAUUCACUGUUUAUGUUUUUGCAUUGUUUUUUUUGUUGACGGUCGAGUUUUUAGCUGCAGAGCAGACAGACACCCGUAGACAUGUACCGCUCCAUUGCAAGCAUGGCAGUGCAGCAUCAGCGGGGUUCACUCCAGCACAUGAGCACAGCAGCCAAAAGGAAGAGAGCUCUGCGUAGCGCCUUCCCAGUGUUGGAGCUUCCUCUCCAAGACAUCCACAAGCACGUUUACGAAGCCAACCUUCGAAACAGCAACAAGUGCCACAACAAGUACAUGGAGUUGAAUGAGAAGGUGACGAAAGGAGCAGGUGACAACGCUGUUGCGAGACACACUCAGAGGAACAAGAAGUUGUUGGUUAAGGAUCGACUGCGCCUACUGUUGGACGACGAGGACUACCUCGAGCUGUCUCGCUUUGCGGGUCUGGGUCUGCCGUAUGGAGAUAUCCCAUCUGCUGGCUGCCUGACUGGUGUUGGAAGGAUCAACGGUCUGUGGUGUGUGUUCAUCGCCAAUGACGCCACGGUGAAGGCCGGAACAGCUUAUCCCAUCACCGUCAAGAAGCAACUGCGUGCACAAGAGGUGGCGAUUCAGAACCGCCUGCCGUGCGUCUACCUGGUUGACUCUGGAGGAGCUUUCCUGCCAUUGCAGUCCGAGAUCUUUCCCGAUAAGAACCAGGGAGGGAGGACAUUUUAUCAUGAAGCCAUCAUGUCUGCAAUGAAGAUUCCACAGGUGUCGGUGGUGUGCGGUUCGUGCACAGCGGGCGGAGCUUACAUCCCUACCAUGGCCGAAGAGGCGGUGAUGGUGCACCGGAUCGGGACCAUGUUCCUGGGAGGACCGCCACUGGUCAAGGCUGCCACGGGUGAGGAAGUCACACCAGAGGACCUCGGAGGAGCCAGGCUUCAUGCCGAGGUGAGUGGCUGCGUGGAUCAUUUUGCCCGGGAAGAGAAGGAGGCCUUUGAAUACACCCGAAACAUCAUAUCCACCCUCAACUUCACGCUGCCUGAAGAGGAGGAGGACGAAGAGACGUUGAGAAAGAGGAAAGAAGACGGCAGGCCGCUUUACAGCACAGAGGAACUACUUGGCCUUGCCCCCAAAAGUUACAACUACAGUCUGGAUGUCAAAAUGGUUAUAAGUCGACUGAGCGACGGCAGCCGCUUCCAGGAAUUUAAAGCUCUCUUUGGAAGCACGCUCGUAACCGGCUUUGCAAAGAUCCAUGGAAACCUUGUCGGAAUCGUGGCCAACAAUGGGGAGCUGUCCUAUCAGGCUGCUUUGAAGGGCAGCCAUUUUGUCCAACUGUGCGACCAGCGAGACGUCCCGCUCGUCUUUCUCCAGAACACUGCGCCGUCAGCCCCACGCACCCUUUCAGCGGCGCAGGCAGAGCUGAACAGCAACCGUCUCAAGGCUCAAGGUUCAAUGAUGUCAGCCGUGGCCUGCGCCUCUGUACCCAAAAUCACCGUGGUGAUUGGCGGUUGCCAUGGCGCCGACAGCUAUGCGAUGUGCGGACGCUCUUUUGAGCCCAACUUCCUGUUCCUGUGGCCCAAUGCCAGAGUGUCCGUGACAGCCCCAGGUCAAGUCGGCCCACUGCUCCAACUGGAAGAUGGGGAGGACAGAAACGAGACGGAGCGCAAUCUGAACAGGACAUUAGAAGAGGAGAGCUCAGCCUUUUUCUCCUCCGGGCGGCUUUGGGACGACGGAGUGGUUCUUCCUCAAGACACUCGAAAGGUUCUUGGGGACUGUCUGGACAUCAUCAAACAGCAGCAGUUUCAACUUUCGACAGAGAAACACCGAUUGGCACUUCUACGGAUUUAGAAACAUCCGUCUCGCACAUGCUGGCUUGGACAUCAAUCACUUUUACCGACAUGUUCUGAUGUGUGCCUUUGUCCGCUAGAAUGGACAGGAAGUUGGAUGUUUGGUGCCUUCGGUGGUGACACAAAAUAGUUUGUGUAACUUGCCAAGGUUCACCUGUAGGAGCUGAACCUACACGCAAGCCAAUUGAGUGAUGUAAAAAAAAAUGUUGAGAAAAUGCACUGUAACUUAAAUUGAGUGCUCUUUUGGAGUCAUAAAUUGACGGUUUGUACUACUUUUCAUUGCA